AUGAUGUGAAUCAAUAUUUCAUGUUUUGAAGGAUUACUUCAUUGAAAAAGCAAUUCCUUUAUCAAAUGUAAUAUCAGUAGCUACAGAUGGAGCACCUGCCAUGGUUGGACGUUAUCGUGGAUUUAUAAGCUAUUUAAAACAAAAUGUGUCAGGGGUGUUAGCAAUACAUUGCGUCAUCCAUCGACAACAUUUAGUUGCUAAAAAUUUUAGUGUUAGAUUGCAUGAAUCACUUCAUUUAGUCAUUGAUGCAGUAAACCGAAUCCGGAGCAACGCGUUGAAUACGAGGUUAUUUGCGCAGUUGUGUGAAGAAAAUGACCAACACUUUCAUCAAUUACUCCUUCACACUGAAGUACGCUGGCUGUCGAAAGGCUUAUGUUUGACAAGAUUUUUUGCACUUUUUGAGACUAUUUUAGAAUUUUUGGAUACUAAAGAUAAAAUUUCAAAAGAAAAUUUAAUGAAGAGGAAAACAGACAUCGCCUAUUUAACAGAUUUGUUUACAAAAUUUAAUAUGGUUAAUUUGCAAUUACAAGGCGACAGUUUAAAUUUGAUUAAAACAAAGUCCAUCUUAUCAGCGUUUCUUGCCAGAGUUAAACUAAUGAAGCAAAAUACUGGACGGGGCGAAUUUUCUCAGUUCCCCAAUUUGUCACAGACAAGCUGCCAGGAAGACGACGUUUCAACUUACGUUCAACAUUUAAAUGCCCUCUAUUCAGAUUUUGAAUCUAGGUUUGAGGAUAUUGUUACUAUGGUAAUACCGCCGUGGAUAAUUAAUCCAUAUGGUGACAUAGAAGAAACGAAUUUUAAAAACGGAUAUCAGCAAUUCUGGCUGCAAAACAACAUACCCGUUACUUAUCCCGUAUUAUGGAAUAUAGCGAGGAAAUUUUUAAUUUCCUUUCCAUCGUCAUACCUAGCGGAAAGGGUGUUCAGCGCUGUUACCAAUCUCCUAACGAAAAAAAGAAACAGACUGGACAUCAUUAGCCGAGGAUAUUUAAGAUUAACCCUUACAAAAUUGACGCCAAAUGUUGAUAAUUUAUUAUUAAAGCAUCAGGUUCAUCCUUCUCACUAA